AUGUGCUGCUCCGGGUCACGAUACCCUGGUAGCGCUUUCAGUGGAUCUUUGAUCAGUGAUCCUUAUAUUCUUAAGGAUGAAACAUAUUCCUUGCAUUCGGAUGAAAUAAUUUUGGAAUGUCGUGUUAGGGGUUCCCCUCGACCAAAUAUUGCGUGGAUUAAAGAUGGUGAAUACAUCAUACCUGGUGAUAAAUAUGAACAGUACGAUCACGUUGAUGGCACCUGUAAGCUCAUUAUUGCAACACCUGGCGAAACAGAUUCUGGAACAUACACGUGUGAAGCCGAAAGCGGAGGUUGUAGUGAUGCAAUUAGUCACAAUGUACAUUUUGUUGGAAAAGAAAAGAUCAUGCUAGAACGAACACAUCAUUUCUAUCACCGCAAUCCUAAUUUACCACACUUUUAUUUGACCCUGGCAGACUAUUCGAUCCCAUCCGGAGGAAACAUUUGCUUAGUAGUUGAAGUUCAAGGCAACUGUGAAGUGCAAUGGUAUAAAGACAAACAGGAAAUUAAAGGAAGGCCACCAAAAGUGCGGUUCUAUAGCGAUGGGACUGGUAUCUUUGCCUUAUGCAUUUCGGCAGCAACAAUGGAUGCUUCCGGUCGUUACACUUGCAAAGCAAGUAAUUCAUUUGGGAAAGCCGAAUCUUCAUCUAAUGUAGAUGUUAUCAAUCCAAAUGCUAUUAAAGGAGCAAAACCGCCAAUAUUCAUGGCUAGGCCACAACCGGAAAUAAAGAUCCGACAGGGACAAGAAAUCUCAAUGGCUUUCAAAUUAAUUGGUGAUCCGAAACCAAAAAUUGCAAUUCAGGGACUAACGAAUACUGAAACAACAGAACCUACGCACAACGUGAACGAUCAUUGUGAUGCGCCUAUUACUUCCCAAUCAACUUCCAGCUCCACCUAUAAUAAAGGAAAUAACAAAGAACACGGAUAA